AUGUCUCUGCCUCCAACACCAUCUCCGGUUGUUGCUCAUCUAUCACCCCCAGACCUGGGUGCGGCAUCUCAGCUGCAACACAAAGUCCCAGGCACCGAUGAUGAAUAUAUUGCCCAAGAGGGGGACUUCACAGUCAUUGCAGAGCUGGACCAUGCGUCAGUGACAUUGGGUGAUGCAGACAGGGAGGAUGGUGAUGUGAACAGGGCAAGUGAUGAUGAGCUGCAACAGAAAAUCGAAAAUCCUUCCAUCAAUAUUGGCACCCAUGCAGCUUUUACACGGUCCCUGACUAUACAUCUGCAUCCAAUGGAUCGUCUGGAGGUUGUCAUCCCCUCCCCUGCCCAUCGAGCAUCACACCAACAAGCGACAGGCUACAGCGUCAUGAUAUAUCAGAAUGGCUAUGAAAUCGUUGUGAUGGGUGGUUUGAUGGAUGGGCUGGUGGGAUCAAGCAACGCUGAGACAAGGGCACUUUGCGCUGCAGCAAGGGAGGUUGGGCAGGCCCAAUGUUUGCAGGAGUUUGGGAUACAUGUAGGGCAAUUGUUGUGCAACAGGAUUGGUAUUGAUGUCAUUGUCAAAUGGUGCCCUGCUCAUUCUGGUGUGGUUGGUAACGAGUGA